CUCUCCUCUCCUCUCACACACCGACUUGCGCAUCGCCUCCUCCGGUAUAAUGACCAACGAUUCCCCGGAGGAGGAGACCCGAGCUCCGGGUGGCGGCGGCGGCGUUGGAGGAGGAGGAGGAGGUGGAAGAGGAAGACGGAACCGAGCGGACGACAAUGUCACCAUCCUGACAUCCUCCAUGGACUUCCACAGAGCCAGCCGGAGCCGAGCCAGCAGCAGCACCGAAGCCGCCCAGAGCAUCACGUCCUCGGUGGAGCUGAGCACCUCCUCCCUGGAGCUCAGCAUCCAGACGCGGAUCUUUAAGAUCAUCGUCAUCGGGGACUCCAACGUGGGCAAGACCUGCCUCACCUUCCGCUUCACCGGGGGGAGUUUCCCCGACAAGACGGAGGCCACCAUCGGCGUGGAUUUCAGGGAGAAGGCGGUGGAGAUCGAAGGGGAGACGAUCAAGGUGCAGGUGUGGGACACGGCAGGCCAGGAACGCUUUCGUAAAUCCAUGGUGGAGCACUACUACCGCAACGUCCAUGCUGUGGUCUUUGUGUAUGAUGUGACCAAGAUGGCCUCCUUCCGCAACUUACAGACAUGGAUAGAGGAGUGCAAUGGCCACCGGGUGUCGGCGUCCGUACCUCGAGUUCUGGUAGGAAACAAGUGUGACCUUGUGGACCAAAUACAGGUGCCCUCCAACAUGGCGUUGAAGUUCGCCGACUCCCACAACAUGCUGCUGUUCGAGACGUCGGCCAAGGACCCGAGGGAAAGUCAGAACGUCGACUCCAUCUUCAUGUCCCUGGCCUGCCGCCUGAAGGCCCAGAAAUCGCUGCUGUACAGGGACGUGGAGAGAGAGGACGGGAGAGUGCGGCUCACACAAGAGACUGAAACAAAGAGUAAUUGUCCGUGUUGAGGAAAAGGAGGAGUGGGAGGCAUAAUGGAAGGGAAGAGUAACUGAACAUGUCGAGGAAGAGGAGGAGGAGGAGAGGGAUGACCGGGGCUUAAACAAGGGUCUUUCAAAUUAAGUGCAACUUUUCUGGUUGAGGAGAAGGAUGAGGGGGUUGAAGCUGACACUAAGAGCAAUGAUUUAAAGAAGUGGAGGAGGUGGAGGACGGGGGGGACGGUCCAUCGGUAUUCUGAGGAUGAGGAUUUGAAGGAAGGAAAAAAGGAUUGGGGAGUAAUGUAUUUAUUAAGAAAUGAGAUUAAGUUGCCUUUCAGACUACAGGUUAGUGUAGAAAUUCUUCCUCUCAUCUGAGCAAACACACAAUCUGAGUAAAUACACUUUCUACGGGACCUGCAGUCUCGAUGCAAAGCCUUUUCCCGAAACCAGCCCUGGCUCGGUGUUGAUCACAGCCGUUAUUAACAGCAGCGUAUAUUUCACCCUCAUUCUAAAAGCAGCAUUUCCUAAACCCCUUUUCUACUGCCUUAAAAACUAAAAAAAAAAAACGCUGCCUCUAUCACAGUUUUAAUGAAUCACUGAGGCAAAAGUAGCAGAAGAGGUUUCAAGCUAUAACACUCUGACAGCCUCUGAAAUGGACUUUUUGAAAGGAUAAACGACUCUUUUCUGUCUCAGCCGUGUUUAGUUGACUCGGAACCACUGUGAGUUAAGACAAGUGCAUAAACACAUGCUAGAUAAAGUUAACGUGGACAAAAUAGGAGGCAGAUAAGACCUUGACAAGAAGGCUUCCUGAAAGCGGGCCAUUUAUAGUUUGUCAGGCGGCACCAUCACCUAUUGAUUUAGAAGCUGUAAGAUCCUCUUACCCCUAUGCGGGAGAAAUGCACUCUCCUACAAAGAAGGCGAGGCUCCUCUUUCUCAUCUCCUCCUGAUGUAAACGUAUCCUCCUAUCCACGUUUUCCCUGUUGGCAAAGUGGCUCACCCGGCCGUCUCUUUGCAGCAGUUCCAUGUAUUCUCUGAUGAAUAAUUUUCCCAGGGCAGAGGCCUUUACCGGCUGCCUUAGACGAUGCGCUGUCCGCAUCAGCAUCACUGCCUCCAGACUCCAGAAAGUGCAGCAGAGAAAACUGUGACCUCCCGUGUAGAUAACGGAGAAGCUUUAGUGCUGCGGUGGACUUUCAAAGCCUGUAACAGAGGAGUGAAGAGUUUCCAAGUCGUCGGCGACGCGGGGCUGCAUGAAACACUGUAGAAAGCCAUAUUCAUUAUUUACUACCCGCAGACAGGCUAUACAUUGAUUUAGCUCCCAGCCGGGGUUGCUGAGUGGAGGAAUACCCUGUACAUAACUCAGUGAUGAAGCUACGAAAGCCUUUGUGCGAUAAGGCAUCAAUCCUGACUGUGAUAUGUGUCAGUUUGAUAUAGCAGCACACUUACCAUAUUUUAUCACCGUAGCCUACUUUUCAGCCAUGCUAUUAAUAUAUCUGGACGCCACAUGUAGAGAAUUCAGACCGUUCGAGAGCGUCGUUCCCUCCGAGCCGACGGUCUGAUGACCUGAUUAAUCCGACACACGGAGCAGGUCGAGCGCUGAGAGCCAGAGGUGCAUCGCUUCUGGUCGCUCUGACGCUUAAAUCAGUGGUUACGAGUGAAUCAAAUGAGCUCCAUUCAUUCUCACCAAACGGGCAAAUCUGUGACUUGAAGAGGAGAUUUUUUAACCUCCGUAAAUGCAACUCAUAGAAACCGGGAUAACGUCCACUGAUCCGUUUUCUAACCCGCUUAUUCUGUUGAGGACCGCGGGUGGCUGGAAGACAUCCCAGCGUGUACUAUGUGACAGGACGGGCGCACCACCCUACAACUUUCAUCCAGUAUUAGCAAAACGUGGCUAAUUCAGUCGUAGAAAAACACGUUGGAGGAAGAAAGACUGUGCCUGAAUUUCUGUCAUGAACUCACCAGAUGUGAAUAACGAAGCAUUUGAGUUGAUUUCAAAUGAUUGAAAAAGAAAAAAGAAGGUACGAUUGUGUUGAUUUUGAAAUAUCUCGCCUCAAUAUACGUAAAUCACUGAGCUUAUUCAAGUGUAACUCAUAAGGUAAAACAACAUUACUGAGGGAUCAUCUCACGUCUCUUUUUUUAACCAUUUGAAAUCACAAAUGUGGAACGUGUGCUUUACCAGGUUACAGAUGUACAGUAUGUAUGCUUGCCUUCCCCUUUCUUCCUCUGUACCUACAAGACGUUUUGUAAUAUUUUUUGCUCUUAUUUUGAAGUGUUAUUCUUUUUUGAUAACUCAUGUUUGCUCUUAAAGGGAUGCCUUGACAUUUUGAAGUUUAGUCUGGUAGUUUUGUUUCUCUGCAAAAAGUCUGUAUGUGGAUUUAAUAAAUAUCAGUGUCAUCACGACGA